CCUUCCUUUCAUUCCAAUUUUCCCAUACUUUUGCAUUCAAAAACUCAAUCACAACACAUCGCAUUCAAGUCAUGGUCUCUCCCUCAAUCCAAGCUUUGGCCAAGAAACUGCUGGUCGUCGGUGGAACGGGUGGAGUUGGAUUCCAGGUCUGCAAGCUGGCUGUCGCCAGAGGAUGGGAUGUCACCAGCUUGAGCCGACGAGGAAAGCCCACUAUGACCGAAGCCACCAAGGCCGACUUCGUUGCACCUCAGGGAUGGACACAGAAGGUCAAUUGGGCGAAGGGCGAUUCACUGGAACCGAAUUCUUACAAGGACACGAUCGUUGGUACCAACGCGGUCGUUCACACAGUCGGCCUUCUGCUCGAGGACAACUACAAGGAGAUCCUUCACAGUCAAUCCCUGAACGACCUCACUAAGAACGUGCAGUCUACGUUCCGUGGGCAGAACCCACUCGAUACCUCAAAGACGCCCAAGUCUGGACUCACCUAUGAGAAGGUCAACCGCGACACCGCGAUCACGGUGGCAAACGAGGCAGGCAAGGCGGGUGUCGACAGCUUCGUAUACAUCUCUGCAGCAUUCUCACCACCCAUGGUCCCUAACCGCUACAUCACCACGAAACGCGAGGCCGAACAUGCUUUAUUGACCCACCCAUCCGGUUUCCGGCCCAUCAUCUUCCGUCCCGGAUUCUUGUCCACGCCCGAAAGACCUAUCACGUUGCCCCUGGCAGGAUUGCUUCAGAUCUCGAGCGCGGUGCUCGGCAACUCGUUGAGGGGUACAAUUCCGUUUGCACAAGCAAUGUCGACACCACCGGCGAGCAUGGAGACUUUGGCGAGGGCGAUCAUGAACGCGGUCGAAAAUGAAGAUGUGAAGGGGAUUGUAGAUGUGGAUGGAAUUGAGGAGCUGGCGAAUAACCCGAACAGCAAGAGCGUAGGCGCUAGUAAGAAGACGGAAGAGAAGAAGGAGGAGACGAAGGAGGAGGGGAAGGGCAGCAAGCAGGAGUAAGGCUAGCGACGACAAAGGAAGAGAAAGAGAAAGGAAGGGAAAGUAGUGAUCAUCGUGCAUGCAAGCAUAUUUUUUUUUAAUGUACAAACAUAGCAAUUGCAGUUGAAGGGUCGAGUGAAGUUGUGAUAAGUAUUUACACUG